CGCCCCGUUACCCGGGCCGCGACAUAGAGCUUUCCCUGCACGCCUGCAGCUUCUCGCUUCCCUUUCCGGGCAGGCGGACGCCCGGCGCAGGUUUUCCCGUCUCUCCGCGCGCUCCUCGCGGUACCCUCGCUGCGCUCCAUGGAGCGCGCGGCGGGGCGGAGGAGCCGGGCGGCCCUCGGGCUCUGCGCCGCAGUUAUGUUGCUUGACCUGGCUGUCUGCAAAGGAUUUGUAGAAGAUCUAGAUGAUUCGUUUAAAGACAAUCGAAAAGAUGACAUUUGGCUUGUUGAUUUUUAUGCACCAUGGUGUGGCCAUUGUAAAAAACUGGAACCAGUCUGGAAUGAAGUUGGGCUUGAGAUGAAAAGCAUUGGUUCUCCAGUUAAAGUUGGAAAAAUGGAUGCUACUUCCUAUUCUAGCAUUGCUUCAGAGUUUGGAGUUCGAGGUUAUCCAACAAUUAAGCUAUUAAAGGGGGACUUGGCAUAUAAUUACAGAGGUCCACGGACUAAAGAUGAUAUUAUUGAGUUUGCUCACAGAGUGUCUGGGGCUCUGAUUCGGCCACUUCCAAGUCAGCAAAUGUUCGACCAUGUGCGAAAGAGGCAUCGUGUAUUUUUUGUGUACAUUGGUGGAGAAUCACCCUUGAAAGAAAAAUACAUAGAUGCUGCUUCAGAAUUAAUUGUAUAUACAUACUUCUUUUCUGCCUCAGAAGAUGUGGUUCCUGAGUAUGUGAUACUGAAAGAGAUGCCCGCUGUGCUUGUUUUCAAAGAUGAAACGUACUUUGUUUACGAUGAGUAUGAAGAUGGCGAUCUGUCCUCCUGGAUCAGCAGAGAGAGAUUUCAGAAUUACCUUACUAUGGAUGGCUUCCUCUUAUAUGAACUUGGAGACACAGGAAAGCUUGUAGCUAUUGCAGUUAUUGAUGAGAAAAACACAUCACUCGAGCAUACCAGAUUAAAGUCAAUUAUUCAGGAAGUUGCCAAAGAUUACAGAGACCACUUCCAUAGAGAUUUUCAAUUUGGCCAUAUGGAUGGAAAUGACUAUUUAAACACCUUGCUAAUGGAUGAAUUGGCAGUCCCAACUGUAGUUGUACUGAAUACUUCAAACCAACAAUACUUUUUGCUAGAUAGGCGUAUUAAGGAGGCCAGUGACAUGGUCCAGUUCAUUAACAGCAUUUUAGAUGGCACAGUGCAAGCUCAAGGAGGUGAUAGCAUCUUGCAGAGAUUGAAAAGAAUAAUAUUUGAUGCAAAAUCUACAAUUGUGUCUAUAUUCAAGAGUUCUCCACUUAUGGGCUGCUUUCUCUUCGGCCUGCCACUGGGUGUCAUCAGCAUCAUGUGCUAUGGAAUCUACACAGCUGACACAGACGGCGGCUAUAUAGAAGAGCGGUAUGAAGUGUCUAAAAGUGAGAUGGAGAGCCAGGAGCAGAUAGAAGAGAGCAGAGAACAGGAGUCAGGCAGUGGAGGCUCUCUAGUGCCGACCGUGCAGGAGCCCAAGGAUGUAUUAGAAAAGAAGAAAGAUUGAGACUUUGCAAAUAUAAAAUAUUUGAUAGGAUUUCAAAUUAUUAGAGUCUAUUUAUUGAAUUUAGAGAUUUAAUCAUGAUCUUUACAGAAGAGAAUGUUAUUUGUAUUUUGCUAAUAUCAACUGCAUGAAUUAAAGUAAUCCUUCCAUGAGCAGGAGGUUUUUUGCAGCAAAGAGAUUAAUGGUUUGUCUAAAACAAACUCAGACCAUUGAAUCGGUUUACCUGAUAGAUGUCUUUAUAACCGACCCAUUCUAUGCACGUUUCUUAGUGGCAUAUUCUAUGACAAAGAUAAGAAACUUGAGCAAAAUAUUUAAAUUGGUCAUUCAGGGAAAAGAUGCGUGUUUUACAGAGAAAAAUAGUACUUCUGCCUACUGUAUCCAUUCUCUUAUAUUUUGAAUAAAAUUUAUAUAAAUAAAAUUAAGUCUUUAAAAUUUAGGCACUUUAAGAAAAACUUUUUUCCAAGUAUCCAGUUUAAGAUUGUAAGGUUAAAAAUGAUGUGGGUUUUUAUAUAGCAUAGUGAUUUUAUUUUACUAGUUGUUUUUAAAGGAGAAAUGUUACUUUUUACCUUCAUACUCAGUUUCAUUAUUAUAACGUUUGCAUAUGGUCCCAUUCAGUGGGGAAGAGGUUUGUGACUGACCUUUGCAAUGGGAGCAGGAUGUAGGGCAGGUGGUGCUUCAGCCAUACCCUGCACUCUCGUGGGAAGGAGAGACCCUCUUAGUCCACCUUGCUUUAGCCAGAGCAGCCCAGCAUUUCUGUUUUGUUUCAUUUUUAUUUUAUGAUCUUGAUAUUCUAAAGUUUUCAUUGAUUAAAAAAUAUGUUUUCACGCCAGGCAUGGUGGCUCAUGCCUUUAAUCCCAGCACUUGGGAGGCAGAGGCAGGCAGAUCUUUGUGAGUUCGAGGCCAGCCUGCUCUACAUAAUGAGUUCUAGGACAGCUGGGGUUACAAAGAGACCCUGUCUCAAAAAGACAAAUAUACAUAUAUAUAUAUAUAUAUGUUUUCAAAAGUAAUCUAUAUCAUAUGUUUAUUUAUGGUAUGUAAAUUUUAUAACUUAUGGUCUAAAUUGUGUAUACACAUACGCACAUCAAAUUUACUGUCACACCUCCAUUCUGGGAUGCCAUGGCAUGUCUGUGACAUAAUCAGCAUGCCAAACUACAGACACUGUAAGCACUGAAUGAGAUCCGAGUUGUCUUCUUUGUUCUCCCAGCUUUGCCAACUUAUCAGUGAUGGUCUCUCAUCCUUGUAAUGCAGUCAUGUGGUUCAUGUCUAAAAGCGGGUAUUUGUGAUAGCGGUUUGACAUGUUUACUAGAGAUUAUUUUGUUUUGAGGCCUUCAUUUUAGCUAAUUUUACAAUUUUUAUUAGAUAAAUGUCAUUUGAGUGGUUUCUCUUUAAGUACUUUAGUUCCUCUAUAAAGGAUUCACUUAGCAUUUUAAAGUAUGGGGUUUAGGGCUCUAAUACUAAUGAUAUUUAGGGCUUUUUGCUUUGGUUACCAGGGGAGCUUUUGAUUUGCUUUCUGAUGCAAUACUAAUCUGCACUGAAUUGAAACUCGCAUAUCUUAAGUGCUAAGGAAUUAUUAGUCAUUCUUUUAGUGUGUCCAUGUUUUUAUAAACAUGUUUAUAAACAUGUUUUUCAUAUUUUAUAAACAUGAAAAUUUUCAUGUUUAAUAAAUGCUCAUUCUUAAUAUUUAGUCCCUCAUCAUAACCAGUGAUAAUGAAACAUACACAGUCACAGAGAAUUUCAGAAAAUACUACAAUGAAAUACUCUGAAUUGAAACAGGAGAAAUGUUACAUAUAUUUUGACUUGUCAGUCACCAUUUGUCAGUAAGACCUCAAUAGGAAGAAGAGUAAACCAAGGUUCUGUCAGUAAAUAGAAGCCUGAGUUCUCUGAUAUUUUUCUUUAUAAAUGAGUGCUUUAGUUCUCUAUUACCCUUUCACAACUUUAUACUGUUCCUCAUAUUCUAUUUGGAUUUUAAAAUGUGUUCUUGGGGAAAAACAAACUGUAUAAGUGGUUGGUAAGUGAAUAAUUUUAUUUCUCUUUGUAUUAAAAAUCUACUCGUUUCUACUUUGGGAUAUUUUUAUUUGCAUUGUCAGGUUGAUCACAUAGCAUUUUAAAAUUUGUUCAUAUUGUGCUUUUUCAUUCAGAGCCCUACUGUGAAUGUCCAGAAAGAGAAGAAAAAAAAUUUAAAAACUUCAAAAUCAAGGCAGGUCUCUAUUUAAUAUAGGAGCAGGUUGAUAUUCCAAUUUGGUGAUAAGUCCCAUCAGCAA